ACUCGGUGCGUUGGCCCGCGAAGGUCCUCACGAACUUUGAUUGAGAAGAUGGUGGGCUUGAACGAACGGCGAUGAAUUCAUCUUUUUUCUUAUUCCUUUUACACUGUAUUCUAUCCACAGGGUUGUGUAUUGUCGAAGGUAGUUGUCCAGAAGAGGCCUGUUUCUCUUCCAACCGCGAAACAUGUGAAUUAGGAUCAAGCGAGUGUGGAGAAUGCUUCCAAGGAUUUGUCCAAGUUGGAGAUAAAUGUUUAGCGGUCGAAGCGUACCCGAAUGAUGAAGUUUGGAAGGAUGAUUUAGCAGGAACUGAUGGUAGUGAUGUGGAGAACUUGAUUGAUCGAACGACUCAAAAUAUUCCAACCGAAGGACCGACAGAGGAUGAAAGAUUACGGACGUUGCUGUUCUCCCCUACUUCUUCAAGUGAUUUUAUACCUUCAUCUGCUCCAGCAACUGGAGUAGACGAGGAAGAAAACGAAUCAAAUAAUAAAAACCAUGAUUUAGGGACAAAUGUAGCGGCUAAAAAUGCCGAAAAAUUAUCAAAAUCGAACGGAAAAUCUUCCAAAUUAACCACCGUAAUUGGAAAAGUUAAAGCCGCCGAGAAUUCGGAUUCGAAGAAAAUUCGCAAAAAAGGAAAUAGCGGAAAUAUCCCUCCUAUUAAAAGAAAGGAAAAAAUCGAAGCAAGCAGGAGUAAAAACAAGAAAAUCGAAGACGAAAAGAAGUUGGAUAAUUUUCUCUCGAAGGCAGAGAAGAAAGAAAGUGAAAAAUUUCCAGGAAAGGUGUUAUCGUCUCCACAAGCGGACACGCGUCUAGAAGCAAAUUCUUCUCAAAAUCCUCCUCCUUAUAUACGAAAACACAAAGUUGGAAAAUCAGAAGAAGCAAGGGCAUCUGAGUUGGAUGAUAUAUAUUUUCUAUGUAUUGUAAUUGGCUGCAGUGUGGCUGGGAUCGCAGGAUUAGCGCUGGCUGGUUACUGUUGGUAUAAACUUCAUACUACAGCCAAGGCUGUCAGUGAAUCAGAAUAUUCAAGCUAUGGGAUGAAAUCCAAGCGCCCUUCAUCAGCACAUGGUGAUGAAAAGUUAGAUUAUAAUGCUGAGAUGUAUCAUUAUCAUCAAACAAAGAGCCAGUUAGCAGCAAUGGAAAA